GGCUGUGAUGUAGUCCUGACACGGCUGUUUUAAAGAUAUCCGGCGCUUGUUAUCUACGCUGUUGGAGUUCGACUCCACCGAGUCCGUUGAUGAGGAAAAGAUGCAUUCGUGAGGCAAAGGAUGGUUGCCUCAGCUGAUGCCACUGGAUCUGAGCUGGUCAGAGUUUGUGAGCCAGCGGGUCCUGCUGGAUUCCCUGAUCUCCACGCCUCGCCAACACAUGCUCAUGUUGAAGGGCAACCACCUCAGCCUGAGCAUGAUUUACCCAGGGCUAACUGUGGAUAGCCUUCCCUAGCUGUGUUGGCUGGAUGGCAGGCGGGGCUUUCUGGAGGAACGGAACUGCUACAGCAGCCUGGCACAGUGCAGAGGGUCCUCCAAACCAGCUGACACCCGCAGCCCAUGUGGAGGCUGAGGACUCAACCAUUGGCCUUGCAAAAAACUGCGGUACGGAUGCCUUCUCCUCCUCUUUAAACUGAACCCAGGAGACAUUCUCCCAAAAGAACAGAGAGACGACACCCCAACCCCCAAAUCAAGCAGCAUAUUUAUAUCCAUCCAUCCAUAUAUUUUCCAAACCGCUUAUCCUACUGGGUCGCGGGGGGUCCGGAGCCUAUCCCGGAAGCAAUGGGCACAAGGCAGAGAACAACCUAGGAUGGGGGGCCAGCCCAUCACAAGGCACACUCACCAUUCACUCACACAUGCACACCUACGGGCAAUUUAGCAAGUGCAAUUAGCCUCAGCAUGUUUUUGGACUGUGGGGGGAAACCGGAGUACCCGGAGGAAACCCCACGACGGCAUGGGGAGAACAUGCAAACUCCACACACAUGUGACCCAGGCAGAGACUCGAACCUGGGUCCCAGAGGUGUGAGGCAACAGUGCUAACCACUGCACCACCAUGCCACCCCCAUCUUUAUAUCAUUAUACUUUAUUUAAAGUAUUUGCCUGAUACAUUUUUUCAGUGAACUAUAAUAUUUCCAGCAGGAAGCAUUAAACAUCGAGGUGCCCCAGUAGAGAUUUUGGGCCCCAUGAAAGCAUUUCAUAUUGAGUCCCCAACCAAGACCAAUCUGAUUAUGUUCCAAUUUUUUAGGGCCCCUGUCACUCUGAGGCCCUUGGAUUCGUCCUAAUUUCCCCCCCUUUUUGGUGCCCCUGUGAACCCCCCAUGGUCCUACUCAUGAUGAGUAGAGAAGAUGGAUGGAUGGGCAUUAAAGAGUAAUUGAUACGGCUAAAGGCAGUCAGGAUCAGAGUUUAAGCCAGUGGGCCCCGAUGUGCUUGAUGGCUGCCCAGGACUUGCUGAGGAUAGGAUUAUUUAUGCUCCCAGUCAAGAGAGUCUCACCCAAUGCUGUGGGAAGUAUGUGAAAUGCCUCAAAAAUAUCCCUGAGUCACUACAGAAUAUGACACCGCUACAUUUUUCACUACUUUUAUCACUUCUAAUGCUCUUAAUGCUAAUGUUACACCCUCAGGUUUACCUGCCACUGCAGCGAUUUCUGUUACUCUGAAAGGAUAGUUACAGGGGAUAAUCCAAGCCAAUUAGGUCAAUUGCUUCUAUAAGUGAAUGCUAAGGUAUCUAUUGGAAAUCAUUUUUUGGAACAAUGCCUAAAUGCUAUUGCACAAUCUGAGUCACUUUAACAAUGUAGCUAAUUAUAUUAUUCGAUUAUACAGUUAACGUCUAGGUCACAAUCUGUCGAAUAGGACAUUAGGUGACUUGAAUGCUAUCCAAAUGUCAUAUACACUGUAUACAAACAUUUAAUGGUAUUCUGCACCUACCUCGAAUAUUACCAAAAUAGCCAAGACACUAUGUACAGUCAAUAUUUUCAUGAGUGUCACAAAGUAGUGCGUGCAUUCGUUACUACAAACCAUUUAACCUGAGUUUUUAGUAUAAUAGGCUUUAUAGCAGUCUGUUCGUAAGAAUGAGUUGUCUCAGUUGCUGAUCAGGAUUUUUCAAGUGCAUUCCAACCUUACGGGACCUCGGUCGUCCAUACAGUCGGACAUUGUGCAGAGGGAUGUUACGUGACGCAUCGCUGUACGUCUCGGUGAUUAUGUGGCCGUCAAGUUGACCAUUACUGUAAAUGCUUAUCCCGGGUUCAGUCUGGAGUGCUGUCUAUCCUGUAUAGAUAUGUUUUGUGAAGCCAGUCCGGUGGCUGAUCUCAUACCUGAGGGAUCUGUAACAUGAAGGAGCCAGGCUGUUUUGCCCAUUUUCUAAAUCAUUUUUCAUGAACGCAACCACCAUCUUUAUUUAUAAAGCACUUUAAAUCAACCAUAUCUGACACAAAGUGCUGUACAUUGGAGCACUGGAGAGAGGAGAGAAGAGAAAAAUAAUAACAAAUACAAAGUCAGAUCAUUAAAAGAAAACUAAGUCCUGCUGGGGCCAAAAGCCAAAGCCUAAAAGUGAGAUUUUAGACGUGUUUUAGAGGUGGACAGCGAGGGGGGGCUCUCUAACGUGCAAAGGCAAGUCAUGCCAUAAUUUUGGGGCGACGACAGAGAAAGCCCUAUCUCCUCUGAGCUUCCUCCUGGAUCUCGGUACUUCCAGGAGCAGCUGACCGGCUGACCUGAGAGACCGAGCAGGAGUGUAGGGGUGGAGGAGCUCAGAGAGGUAAGGCGGUGCAAGAUUAUGAAAAUUAAAAAAAUAAGAAUUUUAAAGUGGACUCUAUAAUACACAGGCAGCCAGUGGAGUGAGGCCAGGACAGGGGUUAUGUGCUCUCUUUUACCAGUACCUGUUAAAAGUCGUGCAGCGGCAUUUUGAACCAGCUGCAGACGUGAGAGUAACGACUGGCUGACUCCCGCAUAAAGUGAGCUACAGUAAUCCAGAUGGGAUGAAAUAAAAGCAUGGAUCACUGUUUCAAAAUAUAUGGAAUAUGUUUUUCAUAUAAAUGGAAAAGUGUGGAAAAUAUGAAGAAUUAAAUUUUGCUAAUUAUAUCAACCAUUUACUUAAUGCAACUGCUCAUUCAAGUCAAUUGAUUAUAACAUCACCCUGCAUUUUUUUAUCUUUUUAUUGGAACUCACGAAGUGUGUUUUUUCUAGCAGGCAUUUGUCUAUGGCUGGGUACUGCAGCUCAUGUAGAUAAUCGUGGAGCUUCGUGUGCUGAUGACAGCUAAUUCAAACCAGAUGGCAAAAGUAAAUCUUUGACCAAUAAAUAUAUUUUGCCCAGUAGUUUGGCCUCACAAAACUUCGCAAGCAUGUAAACCUUUCAUGCCAGAUUCCUUUGAGUGGUAUGUCACUGCCAUACUGUGAUGACCGGCUCGUCCGCUCCUCCUGUGUGCCACGCCCCCUGAUUACCCACGUGUGCUUUCCUGAUCUUGCCCAGCCGUGUCCUAUUAUUUUCAACCAGUCCUGUCUUUUUAAGUCCACGUCUUGCCUGAAACCUUUGUCUGUCAUUGAUGUUAGUUGGCGUGCGAUGUUUCCUGGUCCUCGUUGCUUCAAUACAUCCCCGUUUACCCUGUUUUUGCCUGAUCGCCUGCCUCUCUGUCCGUCGCCCCGUCCGUGCGCCUCACCCGCUAUCCCCGAUCGUGACACAUACAUUAUGUGUUCAUGUCUGCUUACUGCUGUUGGUUUUGGGUGUACACAGAACAAAAUAAUGGCAAAUUACUAAUAACAAAUCACCAUUAGUAAUAGUGAGAAUGGCAUCCGUUCUUCCAUCUUCCACCUGUUUAUGCGGUUCGGUCACAGAAGUAAGAAUAACGGUGAAUCCAGCACAUCAACUCUUAGGACUGUUUCACAUCAUUUCUGCACAGCUACUCCUCCUUUAACGACUGCCUCAAAUAGCGACCAUUCGAAAGCAUGGGAAAAGCUCAUUUUCUGACCAAUGCAUGCAAUUACAACUGUAGAAUGCACAAAAUGGAUGGAUAUAAUGUUGUACUUCAUAAAAGAUUAAAAAAAAAAACAGCAUGGAAGGCGGACGUAAAGUCCAAACAUUGGCGGUAAUGCCGAGGUUAGUGUGAGUUUCACUUAGUGACCAUUUCGCUUAAGAACCUGCGAUGGCUUUCCCGAAAGCGACCGAUCUUAGCGAAUAACGAAGAAAAAGAACGACGUAGGUAAAUAACGAGUGAGGUCUACGUGCGUUUCCCAAAACCCUUCGUUAUUUCAUAAUUAACGAACGAACAAGGAACAAGAUUAAUUAACCUAUUCCUUAAAAAUAUAAAAAUGUGGUUUUAAAAAAAGGAAAAGGAAUUAACACUUCUCAAAAGAAGCCAAACAACUUAUUGAGGAGAUGUUCAAAAAUAUAUUUUAAUAACAUAAUUACUGCAAUAUUGUGCAGCAUGUUACAAAUAACAAGAACUGUGCAGCAACAUUCACAGGUAAAUCUCAGAGCUCCCAAGGACUUGUGUAGGCAUCACAAUCACAUCUUCCACAUGCCCAAAACCCCCUCUACAGCAGUGUGUGUCUUUGGUGUGUGACGUCAUACCUCUCCUCAGCCACGGUUUGGGGAUUCAACACUGGAAUCAGCAGGUAUUCGCUAAGAGGAUGCCUGAUGUCUCCCAACAACCAGCCAUCAGAAAAUGCACAAUCCUUUGCCAUCUGACAUAUUCCAAAGCUGGACCAGAUAUAAGCAACUUGUGUACUUCCAGGCCACUUGGUGACAAUGUCUGUAAAAUGUCCUCGAUGGUUGUAUAUUACCUACACAUUUAAGCAUAGUGCCAAGAUCCCUUUUUGACAGGUGUGGGUGGGAUUCAAGGGGCUGCAAACAGGAAUAGGGUUGAGGAUUCCUUUCACUCCACCUACAAUGCCAGGUAUGCCUGCAAUGGCAUGUCAUGUAAGGCAUCCCCUCCAGCUGGACAUUAUAUGUAGUUGUGCGCACAGUGCAACAGAAAAGUGAUCAAUGCACAGAUGCAGGACACAGCAGCCUUUUUGAGGCCAUGUGCAUCUGUAGGGCUGCAGGAAUCCACCAGUGGCGUAGAAGCAGAGAGCUGCCAGAAGCUGAACGGUGCACUGAGGGCAGAAUUCCAGUCUGUUCCUCUUUUCAAUUUGUCCAGCAGCAGACCAAGGAGGCUCAUUAUUUCACCCCAGGCCAGCCUGUAUUUCUCCAUGAAUUGUUCAUUAAGGAGAUGCUGCAAGGGGUUCAUGACCACCCACAAAAGCAACUUGGUUUACUAGAGGACAUUGUCUCAAACACUACCAACUAUUGCACAAUUAUCUGCCAUUGCUGGUUGUGAGGGGUGAUUCACCUGAAUGUCAAUUAAUCUAGGAAAACAUAAAUAUUUACAUACAUUUAUCAUUUAUGUCCUUCUCCAUUUGCAUUUUGUUUAUUGUUUUUGCAUAUUGAACUGUGCGUGUGUUUUGCCAUUUGUAAGGAGUCUGCAUGCAGUAGCGUUUCCUGUGGGUUGUCAGAUGGAUAGGUUUGUGAUAGGGUUACUUUUAUGACUGUAUGAAGUGUCCUUUCAUCAUGGUACACAAAAUCAGCAGGUAUUCGCAGGUAUUCAUCAUGGUACAGAAAAUCAGCAGGUAUUCACAGGUAUUCAUUAUGGUACACAAAAUCAGCAGGUAUUCGCAGGUAUUCAUCAUGGUACACAAAAUCAGCAGGUAUUCGCAGGUAUUCAUCAUGGUACACAAAAUCAGCAGGUAUUCGCAGGUAUUCAUCAUGGCAUACAAAAUCACAGUUAAAUUAUGCUAUAGUCGACUCUUGUGGCAUUCAUUAUGAAUAACAGUGACAUGCACAGAUUUUCAGGGAGGUGCUCGAAUGGGAGGGGGGGCAUGGCCGACAGGUACUUAUUACUCUCGAAAAUAUUAGUGAUCGGGCAGGAUUCAGUGUAUGCUGCUUAUGUGACUAUGCUGGGUAAUUCAUAUUGAAAUAUUGUAUUGUUGAAUUCAUGUUUAUGAAUUUAUGAGAAAUCAAUUCCAUCUUAAUUAUACUUCCAUAUAUUCAAAGUCGAAAUGCGAUUCUGCAGCAUAUUUUAUAGUCGACAUUAUAGUUUUAUAUGGCAAUAUUGACCUCAACUCAUAUCAUUAGCAUUAUCACGUUGUCCCAAUAAGUGCAUCAAUGUGUUUUUGUCAUCUAUUUUGGCCAAUCUCUGUGUCUCUGUGACAGGGCAGCAGAAAACAGUUCAAAUAAAGAACGACGUAGAAAAUAACGAGUGGGUCAGAGCACUCGUAAAUCAACAAACAAGAUAAGUAACAAGGCCUAUUUUAGUUACGAAAGGUUUCGGAGAAGCGUGCUACUUAUCGAUCCAUCUUAAGUACUGGAUAACAAACUAUUUAGCAUUACGAAGCUUUCAGGAAUGCCACACCUGGUCCUUGAAAUGCAACUCUAUUACUAAAUGGGGAGUGGUUGUACUUUAGGGAACCAUCAUGUAUAUCUGUUUAUAUACAAUACAAGUCAAAUGUUUGGACACGCCCACCCACAGAAAGCUUUAUGUGUACUAUUUUCUACAUUUUAGAGAAAUUAUAAAGACAUCAAAACUAUUAAAUCACAUGUAUGGAACUAUGCACUGACCAAAAAAGUAUUAAACAAAAAAAUUAUCCUUUUUUUUGGGUGGGGGGGAGUCAGCUCAGUGGGUUGGGACUCAGAAGGUUGCUGGUCCAAAUCUCGUGGCCAGCAGAGUGAUCCCACCAUUGGGCCCCAAUGGCUUAAGGAACUGACUGACCCUACUGUCUCCUCUACGCCAGUUUCAUGAGGUGGCCUCCUGGGAUGCUUUUCCAGCUGUCCUGAAGGAGGUCUCACAUAUGCUGAGCUCUCAUUGGCCACUUUUCCUUCACUUUCUGUUCAAACUCCUUCAAAACCAUUUCUACUGUUUUUGUGUCAGGUGCCAGGUCAUGUGAUGCAACGCUCUAUCACUUUCCUUCCACAUAAAUAUGAGCCUGCAGAGUCUACUAGCCGAUGGUGACCAGAUAUACUGGAUGGGAGACUUCGGAGCAAUUCCCACGGAGAAAAAGGAUGCUUGAAAGUCACACUAUGGGCAAAAUCAUCUUACAGGAAUGAAGCAUAAAGUUCAAAGAGGAGAAGAAUGAAGACCAGCAGACCAAGCCUGUGGAAGAGGUCACAGGAAGCCAGAGAAAAGCAACUAGCCAUGAGACCCCUUUGCAGACAGAGGACUUUCAAGUGUCCACUUUGCAUUAUGGUGCUCAUGCUUGUAUUAGGAAUCAUUUUUUUAAGUAUGGACCUCAUGGCCAAUCAGCCUGACCUGGGAACUCUGAUAUCCAGCGACUUGUUCUUCUCAGGAAAAAUUCAACAAGACUCUGGGACAGAAACUGCUUCACCUGAUUAUAAAUGUGUGCCUAAAAAUGACAGUGAGGAGAGUAUCCCUCAGCACCUGCCAGAGGCCCACCGUGAAUUCCUCAGGUUCCGGCACUGCCGCCUGUUCCGCAAGCUCCAGAGCCCGACAGACUGCGAGGGAGACCUCUUCCUCCUUCUGGCCAUCAAGUCAACUGCUGUCCAGAUUGACCGCCGAAUGGCUCUCCGGAGUACAUGGGGCAAAUAUGGAAUUGUUGGCGGCAAGAGGGUGAAGCUCGUAUUCCUUAUGGGCCGGUCCAAGGACAUGGUGAAGGGCUACAUGUUACAGAGGCUCCUCGAGUAUGAGAAUGAGCAGUUUGGUGACAUUCUGCAGUGGGACUUUGCAGAUACCUUCUUCAAUCUGACACUGAAGGAGAUCCACUUCCUCAGGUGGUUCAGCACAAAGUGUCAGACUGCCCAGUUUGUAAUGAAGGGGGAUGAUGAUGUAUUUGUCCACACUGGCAACCUGGUGGAGUUCCUCAAGGAGUACAAUCCUUCCAAACACCUCUUUGUUGGUGAUGUGAUUACUCCAGCAUUUCCCAUCCGUGAUCCAAAGGACAAGUAUUAUAUCCCAGAGGAGUUAUACCGUGAGCCUGAGUACCCUCCCUAUGCAGGAGGUGGCGGUUACCUUAUGUCACGAUGGACAGUCAUUCACCUGAACCAGGCAGCCCAAAGCACGGACCUGUUUCCCAUCGACGACGUAUAUGUGGGCAUGUGCUUAUUGAAGAUGAACGUGACUUUGGUGUUCCACAACGGCUUCAAGACAUUUGGGUAUCGCCAGCAAAUAACACCCUUCAAUCCUUGCAUCUACAAGAACCUCAUGGUGGUGCACAAGCUGAACACCACAGAACAGUGGACCAUGUGGUCACUGGUAAGCCACCCAGAGACGAGAUGCGACAAACCAGCUUUUAAGAUGUAACACUGGCCAAUAUGCCGUAGCUUGGAGGCCGGAAAUCUGACAAAUAUAAAAAGCACCGUUUUAUUUAUCUUUUCAUUUUCAUGGAACAAAUUUUAUAAAUGCAUGCUGAGUGCAUUUUUAUUUCAACAUAAUUGGUUAAUUAAAACUUGUGGCUAGAGGUCUAGAGGGUUAAAUCAUUUUGCUCUAAAUUUAAGUGAAUGGCUAUUGAAUAUGGAUUCUGUGUUAUUGGACAUGAACAUCAUGUACUUUUUUGUGUGUAUAAUCUAUGUGUAAAUAAAGUUUAAGUUUUAACUUAAUGGAAAAGCUGGACAGAAUAAUAUUGGCUUAUCUGUUAAGCUCACUGUUAACUGAUAAGGUUGAGAAAAUAAAAAAUGUCGUAAGCUUGA